AUGGAAGAUGCCAAAGAGGUCGUUGCCAAGCAUCGCUUGAAUGACUAUAAACGAUUGAAACGCGAUGUGCGAAAAUUCCUCGGGGAUAAGAUUGACCGCCGUCAGCUGCAAGAAGCGAUGGAUCAGAUUGACGCCUUGGAAACCAAGUUACCGACGGUCGCUAUCAGCACGUUGAGUGUGGAGGACGUUCAACGAUCCCUCCAGCUUGAACUGGAUGUUGAGGACGGAGAGAUUAAUCAUAGGGGAAAAAGCAAAAACAUACAACAGUGA